CUCCACCGGCUCCUUUUGUGAGACAUGACUGUCAGUCCAAGUUCAGAGCAGCAGCUGAUGUGCAGGAACGAUGCCCUCAGCGAAGACACUCAAGCUCAUCCUGUACGAGGUGCUGCAGUUUGCAGCUCUUUCCGUACCGAUCUUUGUCGUCAUGGAGAGGUUUGCCGGCCUCGUGCGUGACGUGAGAGGACAAGAUCAAACGGCCUAUUGGCUCGUGGUGGCGGCGUCCAUCGCCUAUGUGACCUCUGUGACCCUGCUGGUGUGGGUCCCUAUUAAAUAUAUUAUUCUGAAGCAGCGGAGGUUCCUGAGAGAGGUCACACAGUGGAGACCCGCAGCGCUGGCGUAUCUCGUCCUGUGCACGUUACCGUGCUUUGCUAUUCUAAUCGCCAGCUCCAAGGUGCAGGUGGACAGAGGACACAGGCUCGACCAUUUUGCCGAGUUGCCCGUUUCCCUGGUGCUGUUCUCGCUCAUCUGUGUGGACGUCAUAGAGAGGAUUCGUCCCUGCAGGCUCACUGGACAAUCAGACAGCCUGGAUCCUGACCUUGACUAUCCAGGCCCCAUCCUCACCCACCUGGAACAGGUGAGCACUGUAUCAAGCCAGCUGCAGCCUGAUGAGGGCCACAACGGUCUGACCCAAAGCCACGCAGAGGCCAAAAAUGGCAUUGCCUCAGGCAGAUGGCAGCACUUCUCCGGCUCGCCCGGCCGGUCGACUCUCAGCUCGCGAGCACCCAGCACUGCUUACCUUUACUCCUCAUCCUCACAUCCCAUCUCCUACUCUGGAAAUCUAGGCUUCCUGUGGAGGAAGGAUGGGAGGUCAGAGAUGUUCGUGGAUAGUUUUCUCUUCUGGUUAGACACUGUGGAGAUGUUGAGAGUAGCUGAGGAACCGUCAAUCUUCUACUCACACUGGGUAUUCCCUAUCUACAUUGUCAGCUUCCUGUCCACUUUUCGCAUGAUAAUCACUCCUCACAACUCCCUGUUGUCCACUGCUGGCAUUCUUCUGCAGGACUUUCCUUUCUUUGUCAUUCGAGUCGCUCUGAUUGUCAUCUUUGGUUCCGUGACACCGCUCUUAUACCCAAUGAAGAAUGCGUUGGUGACUUUGACAUUUAUCUACUUUACAUUCUUGGUCAGGCUGAGGAUUUUCAAAAGGCGGAGCAUGUUUUGAAGAGGAGUGGCUAUUGACAGUGUAUAUAUGUGUAGGGAGCAGCACCAGGGAAACCUAAUGAUGAUGAUGAGGACCAGCAUGUUUUCGAAUGGUAACGUCUGCAAAUUGAUUGAAAGGCAAUGCAGCCAAGGAAAAUGUAAACUUUAUUCUGGAUUUAAAACGGUAUUGUCUCUUCUCAUGUUUGUGUAUCAUAUCUUAAUUAUUUAUUGAUGUGUAAUUUUGUGCGUUUGCGCUAUGCAUUUUUAAUUUUACUCUCUCUUUUUUUAUCUGUAACACAUUUCUUACCAUGAUGUACAGAGUGUUGGAAAAGGUCUUGUAAACAAACUUUUUUGAACCAUUUUUAAAGAUAUUGAA